AUGAGCAAUCGCACGGAGCAGGAUUACGACAGUGCCACUCCGGCGCUGCAACAGCAAAUGAAUCUGGCCCGAAGAGCCUGCUGGAGGCGGAACCCAUCCUCCAGCACUCAGUUACCCCCCCAAAAUACAAUUACAAUUACCAGAGAGGCAGCCAGUCGCCUGGAGUUAGUUAAUACCGAGAUUGCGAAACAAAUCGAUGCAGAAGCUCAACCACCGAGAGAUGAAACCAAAACAAGAUUAGAACCACAAACUGCAACCGCAACACGCAGCACAAAAUGGACAUCCGACUGGCGGGGGAUUCUCGGCAAAAGGAUGCUGCUUAUCUGCGCCUUAGUCCUGAUCCUUGGACUCGUCCAGGGGCGGCCCAACACGAGCGCUGUGGGCGUGACGUCGGGCAAGGAUGCAGUCACCCAACUAAAUCUGCCCAUGGACGUGGAUGUGGGUGUGGAGCCAACACAAUCGGCGAAAUUGCCUCGUUCGGAGGCACUGAAAUCCAGCGACCAGGAUGCGGAGGGCGGCGAAGCGCACAAGAUGGAAAGGUAUCCACUCUCCAGCGUGGAUUUUGCUCGGGUAAAGACGCCUUUCAUAAUUGGAAUCUGGAUAUUAUCUGCCAGUAUAGCCAAAAUCGGUUUCCAUAUGACGCCCAAACUGCAUCUAAUAUUUCCGGAGUCGUGCCUGCUGAUUGUCGUGGGCGUGGUCAUUGGGGUGGUGCUCUAUUUUUGCACCGACGUCGCCGUCUCCCCGCUGACCCCCAACACCUUCUUCUUUUAUAUGCUGCCACCGAUUAUCCUGGACGCCGGAUACUUUAUGCCCAAUCGAUUGUUCUUCGACAACCUGGGCACCAUCCUCCUAAUGGCAGUGGUCGGAACCAUCUUCAACAUAGCCACCAUCGGUGGCUCGUUGUACGCCUGCGGAAGGAUGGGCAUUUACGGGGAGGGCGAGACGCCGAAUCUGAUGGACGUAUUUCUGUUUGCCUCCCUCAUAUCCGCCGUGGAUCCGGUGGCUGUUUUGGCCGUAUUCGAGGAGAUACACGUCAACGAGAUCCUGUACAUUGUCGUCUUUGGCGAGUCCUUGCUGAAUGAUGCCGUUACGGUUGUGAUGUACCACAUGAUGGAAUCCUACAAUGAAAUUGGUUUGGAUAAAAUCAUCGCCCAGGACAUUGCCAGCGGUGUGGGUUCCUUCUUCGUUGUUGCACUGGGUGGCACUGCCAUAGGCAUCAUCUGGGGCUUUCUAACUGGUCUGGUGACCCGAUUCACAGAUCAUGUGCGUGUCAUAGAACCCAUUUUCAUAUUUGUAAUGGCUUACUUGGCCUAUCUUAAUGCGGAAAUCUUUCACAUGAGCGGCAUUUUAGCCAUCACUUUCUGUGGUAUAACGAUGAAGAACUAUGUGGAAUCGAAUAUCUCACAAAAGUCGCAUACGACUGUUAAAUAUGCCUUGAAGAUGUUGUCCAGUUCGGCGGAGACCAUUAUCUUUAUGUUCCUGGGCGUGGCCACUGUGAACAAUAUGCACGUAUGGAAUACGUGGUUUGUGGUGCUGACCAUUGCCUUUUGCUCUGUGUUUCGUGUUCUUGGUGUCAUUUUGCUUUCGGCCCUAGCAAAUCGCUUCCGCCUGCACAAAUUAUCCAGGGUGGAUCAGUUUGUGAUGUCCUACGGCGGAUUGCGUGGUGCUGUGGCCUUUGCCCUGGUGCUGCUGGUCGACGAGAAUGUGGUCAAGCAGAAGAACAUGUUUGUUACCACCACGAUAGCUGUGAUUUACUUUACUGUCUUCCUGCAAGGCAUCACCAUCAAGCCGCUGGUCAAGAUCCUCAAUGUGAAGCGGGCCAACAAACGCAAGCCAACCAUGAACGAGCGCAUUCAUGAGAGGUUUAUGGAUCACUUGAUGGCGGGCAUUGAGGAUAUUGUGGGCAAGACAGGAAACUAUAAUGUGCGUGAUAAGUUCAAGCGUUUCGACAAUCGCUUCAUUCGCCCGCUGUUGAUCAGAGAUCUCAAGGGCGCUGAACCGAAGAUCAUUGAGACGUACUCCAAACUGACAAUGCGCGAUGCCAUGGAGGUGAUGAGGCGGAAUCCAUCCACCAUUGGCCAGAUGACGGGCACCGAAUCGAUGAGCGCCCUGUUCCGGAAUUAUACCAAUAACUAUAUUGGGGGCAGGUGGGCACCGCCAACCAUAUACACCACCUGUCCCAGUCUGACAAAUCUAGACAAUACCUGUUCGCGUAAUCUGGACAUGGCUGAGCUGGAUUAUAAUCCAUCCAAGAAGGAUCUGACUGAUGCCAGGAUCCAUCAUCUGUUGGCCGAAGAACUGAAGCCUUAUAGAAGGGCCUCAAUACAAAUGCACCGUCGUCUUAGUUAUAGCCGACACGCAGUAGAUGACAGAGAUUUGUCAACCCAGGUCAAUUACAAAAUGCAAAUGAACUUUAGACGCAUGUUCAAUGAUCGCAAACAUCACAAACGCAGCAAACGUGGGGCCAGCAAUAAGGAGGCCAAGGAGAACGUUAAGCAGAAUCAUGUCUCGUUCCACGAUUUCCAACAGAACGGCACCACCAAGCAGCUCACCAAUGACUAUAUUAACAAUGUGCUUAAUGAAACAGCCGAGGAGUGCCAACAGAAUCCCAACGAGAUCAAUGUUGUUGGCCCCAGCGACGAUUGGGAUGAUGGCCUGACCUUCACCGCCAAGUCAUCACCUGACUCGGAUCGCGCCAAUAACAAUUCCCUGAUAGCCCACAUCCAAAACCUGCCGGGUUUCGAUGCCUCCAAGGCGCGUAUCGUCGUCCAGCAUUAUGCGCCCAGGGUUGACGACAGUCCGGAAACAGAUCUAGAUUCGCCGGACCAGACUGUUGGGCCCACGGCCGCCGAAUUGAUAUUGCCGUGGCGACGGGAUCGUUCAUACCAGAGCAUUGUGGCCGAGCAUCCCAUUCCCGAAGAGGAUCGCAAUUUGUCCCGCGAAUCCGACGGAGAGAGGCGUGUGGCCACGCCCACCGCCACGGAAUCCCAGCUGCCGUGGAAACGCCAGGGUGACGAAUGCACGGAUGCAGUGCAGCAGAAUGAGUUCCCGGCUUGGGCCUCGAACAAGGAGUACUUGGCCUACAAUUCCCCCAGUGCAACAUUCCUAGGUGGUAUAAACAAGCCUAAACAGCCCAAGUCCGUCAUAGGUCUCUUCCGGCGUGAGAGUUCCAGUUCGAAGGCCGGAAGCGUUGGCAUCGGCAGCACAGGGGCCGUGGACACCGCCGCCAGUGGCUCCGUGGAUCCGAUGGUUGUGCCCAUUUCCACCCAAGCGCCCAACGCUCCGUCGACAUCGAUGCACAAUCCGCGGCUGGACAAGCGCUCCCAGUCGAUAUCGUCCGGUUCGCUGGGUGCCGGAGCCCAUCAGCUCGGUUCGGAUGGUCACUCCGGCCCGUUUCCGGUCACGGCCAGUCACCGGCGUAAUGUGCGCAGGGGCUCCAUGCUGGAGCUGAGCGGAGACACAAUACCCGAGGAGUCGUCGUACCAGCAUGGACACUCCAAGUCCUUGUGCGAGCCGGCGGAUUCGGAUGACUGGGAGGGAGCACCACUUUCCAACGCCGCCGUCGGCGGGGCCAACAGCGAGCGAAUGAUGCGACUGAGCGGCAGGGAGCCGCUCCUGCCACGCCCCUCCAACACACCACGCGCCCAGAUCCGUCGCAUGAAUGCGGGAGCGGUGGGCGGAGCAGCUGUUAGCCAGGCGGGCCGCAAAAACCAAGUGACAAAGGCUCUGUUGGACUACGAGGAUUCGGAAACGGACUCCGAGGAGAACGAUGACGAUGAUGAUGACGAUGAUGAGGACGAGGACUUUGAUUCGUACGACGAUGAGAACAUUGUGGUCACCACCUUUACGACACCGGCCACGGGCAGGAGAUCGGGUUCCAGUCCGGGCUCAGGAUCGGAAGCCAACGCCACCACCACCACGACGACGACGACGACAAGCAUUCGACUGACCCGCAACAACGAUGAGAGCAUCAUUUGAGUGUCGAGCACAGACGGUGAUGCGGAGGAGGAACUGGAGGAUGACGGGGAUCAUCUGCCAACGGAAUCAGUACCACCACUCCACAAUCUGAAACGUUCACGGCGAAGCCUGUUCCCGUACGAAAUGUUCUACUAACUCCGGAACACACACCCCACACACACACACACACAGACACACAUUUAUAUGACCUAGUUUGUAAGCCCAAAGUUGACAGAGUUGCAAAUUAGUUUGCCCCAAAAAAGAAAUGGUUUAAAACAAAAAGCUUUAUAAUUAUAAUUCUAACCACACAAAAAUCGGACAAGGCUUAGAUAUACGAGAGUAGCGAAAAAAAUUGUAUAUAAAACCAGAUUUGAACUACAAAUUAAUUUCCUCUUGAUCAUUUAAGUCGCUUCUUAAGAUUUUUAACUUCCAGUUUAUGUUUAGUGUUUAGUCCCGAUCAAUUGUUAUUAUGUACCACAAACGUGUAUAUCCAAAAAAAAAACCGAUUUAUUAAUUACAGCUAAUGUGUUCCAAAAUAGCAAGCAAGCAAGUUAAUUGUGUAAUAACUAACAAAGCGUAGCCAAAGUUCUUAUUAAGCCCAUUACUAAAACUGAUUUCAUUGUUUAUAGUUUAGUUAAAAUGUACGAAAUUGAGAUCACAUUGUGUGUUGCUAACAGUACUUAAGCGCUUACUUAGUUCGAUAACAUAGUUAAAACGCAGAGUUUAGUUCAAUUUUAGCCUUAGUUAAUAAAGAGUUUAAAGUAAUUCAUUUCUGUAUAGCCGCAGAGUCAGAACUAAUAAGAAAUCAGCAAAGUUUUUCUCAGCUGAAACUGUAAUUGAAGUAACUCAAACAUUCAUGUAAUGCAUUUUUUAAAUAUCAGAAUUGCUAAUUUGAAAUCACUUAAAUGUGUGAUUUUUUUUGAGAAAUUUUAAAUUUUGAUAAAGUUCCCAAUAAACAUUUUAAUUUUUCAAUUAAUAAAGCCAUAGAGACAGUUGAGUAAAACUUUGGCUGGCCUUAACUAUAAAUAUACACAAAUCAAGUAACUAAUUGUGGACAGAUAAAUAGACAGAGUUAUGUAAUUUAUAAAUUAUUUUUGUAAACAUUUACGAGCGAUAAAGAUAAAAAUAACAAAUAACAAAUGGUGGAAAUGUUAGAACGAAAGAGAAUUUUGCGAACGAUUUUGUGUGGAUUUUGAGUGUAUGACUAGGAUUGAGCUAAAUCGAAGCACUAAAAGAAAAAAUAGACAUGCUCAAAACCAAGUAAAAUAAACUAGAAAUAGUUGAAUACAAGUAAUUUCACUAUGCUGACGUAGAUUUGAAAAUGCAUUAGACGAUUAGACGAAUAAUAAUUUCCAGACCAGACCCAAGGGGACACACGAUACGGAGCCAACUGAGAACACAGUAGCCAAUAUCCAGAAUGGGAUAAAAUAAAAAUAUUUUUCUGGGACAGCAAACGGUAUAUCGUGGAAAUGGAACGCAUACCUACCUACUACGAGUAAUACAAUAUAUACAUAUUUAUAUAUUUUCUAACUCAUGUGCAACGCGCCUAGUACCAAACUUUAAUUUAACCAUCUACCUAUUACUUAAGUAGUUUGUAUUCGCAUUAUGUUCUAUCCAAGAAAUUGCCUUCUGAAUAUGCACACCAGAUCAGAUAGAAUUGGUUAACUUAGUUUGUUUCUUAUUUUAUUUUAAUCAGAAAGACAAUAAACAGCUUCGAGGUUUACGUGAUCUUGGAAAUUGUCAUUUCAAUAAAUCUUUAAUGGAAAAAACAUAAAAAAAAUCAGAGCUGUGUUAUAUUAUGAGCAGGUUUUCUAUAUAAACUUGAAUUAUUCCACUGAACUUUCUAAAUUGAGUAAGGAUUGUGGCAUAGACAUUUUAUAUAUGGAAUGGUGGCUCAUAAAUUUCUUGCUUAAGAAAACUAUAAUUGAAUUCAAUUGAUGACUAAAUCGAAAAAGUGUUUGCAAUUUUCAUACCGUAGGCCUUAAGUUGUGCAUACUUCAAAAUUAAUAAAACUAUUGAUAGCGCAAAAUAAACAAAAAAAAAAAACUUAAA